GUUCCAUCCGUGAGAACAGAACUCUUCGUCCUUGAAGAAACUUUCUACAUAUUUCAGAAUAAAGACAAGUAAUGCAAGUCAUCUAGAAAUUCAGAGCUUCGCUGUUUUUUAUUAAUUAUCAAAAGAAGAAAAAAAAUACGAUCUAAAAGAGAGCUUCAAACUGUUUAAAUUUGACAAUGGACGGGGAGAAUGAAAGUUAUGACUUCGACGCACCAAUGUUCGUUGAUUUUACCAACAGAGGACCUUUUGACCAMGACGAUUCAGACAUCGACAAAUGGUUUGACGAAAGAGACGGUGAUGAUGGCGGGAUCGCGCCGGAUAGUUUGGAGGARGACAGCAAUGACGAUGUGAAGAAUGAACACAACGAACAGGCUUCAACACAAGUUAAAGACUUAGAAGAGACUAAACAAGAUGAUGAAAGAGAAACUAUUGAGGUUAGCAGCGAGAAGACUAAAGAAGAGCAAAAGUCUGAGCCGAUGUUUUUCUUUGAGGAUAGAAGCGCUCCAAACCUCACAGUGGCGCCAUCUUGGAAGCCACGGUUGCAGGCUUUGAGACAAGUUCUCUCUACAUCAGCUUCAGCGAAGGAGGAACAAGAUGAACCACCGAUGAAGAAAAAGCGAGCUGAUUCGGCAAGAACUCAAGUAAACACAAGCAUCAAAACGACCUGUGCUCCCCGGCGAUCACUUCGCUCUUCAUCACGAUCUGAGGCCAAAAGACCAGCGAGAGCUAAACAAAUGCCUAAAAUGAAAGCUCCAAUGUUAACCAUCCCAUCGACUCCUACUAUGAUGAGACGGGUCAAAAAUGUAUCUUCAACAACAUCAACUGCCAUCAAACCUAAAGAACAAAUGGAGCUGGAGCAAAUUGCACAGAUGCAAAAGGAACUCAAAGAGAAGAGAAAGCAAAAUGAAGAGUUUAUGAAAAAGGCUCUCUCUGCUGGUAACUACAUGCCACACAGAUCUGUUGAUGAAAACUUGACAGAAGCCCAUGAAUUUCACUUCGAACUGGACAAAAGAAUCAAGAAACCACAGCACGCUACUGGCGAAGGGAAGCAGAAGAACUUCUUUGAUACUCUACGACAACAUCCAAUUUCUCCAUCUUUCAAAAACAGAAAACCAACCAAACAACGACCUUUCAGCUUCGACUCUGGACAAAGCAGAAAGCGCAAAGCAAUGGAUGAAGUCAAUUCAUGUGACGGAUAUGUCUCCAUGGCUCAGCAGUGUUACAAGUUUCAAAAUUCCACACCUCCAAGGUUCAGAAUGAAGAACGCAAAGGAACAAAACAUUGGUCYAUCAAAAUGUACUGAGAAUGAAAAAUACCACUCAAAACUGACCUUACCAAAGACGCCAUGUUUAACAACCAAAGAAAGAAAGAGAGUGUUACCAGAUGACUGUCUGAGUAGAGAGCAACAAGAAGAGAAAGAUCUUGAAGAAAUGAGGAACUACAAGUUCAAGGCUAGAGAAUUUGAUCCAAAAAUAGUAGAAAAACAAGGAACAUACGGCAUAAAACCACAGCCAGCAAAGAGCCUCACAGAGCCCAAACCAUUCAACUUGGCAUCAGAAGAAAGAAGUAUUGUUCAUAAAGCAAAGGACCAUUCAGAAAUGGAGGAAAAACCAGCACCAUUUAAAGCUCAACCUCUUCCUGAAUUUGAUAAGAAAGUAUUCAAACCAGAUUUACAACACCAGGCUACAAAACAACAUCCAUUUUCAUUUGACCAUCGUGAUAAGGAGAUGCAAACCAAGAAAGAGGAAAAAAUCCAGUCCAUUUUAGAAGAAGAAAAGAAGGUAAAGCAACUUUAG